CCGAAAAGUGAACGUUUCACGAGUCAACAGCAACGUAUUUCGAGAAGUUAAAGGCGCUGUUUGCGACAUUUUUCUUUCUUUUAUCCGUCAUCAAAUGUUUAAGUGAUGAAAUAACACGUUAAUUAGCGAGUAUUUUCAAUAUUAGUGUUCAUAGUCGUAAUAAAGUAAGCACUAGAUUACGAUAUAAUCUAAUAUGGGCGACGAAAGCCAUCCGAAAACUCUCUACGUCGGUAAUUUAGACGCGAGUGUGACAGAAGAAUUUCUAUGCGCGUUGUUCGGACAAAUAGGCGAAGUUAAAGGCUGUAAAAUAAUUCGUGAGCCUGGCAACGAUCCGUAUGCGUUCCUCGAGUUUACGAAUCAUACGGCAGCGGCUACGGCCCUGGCCGCCAUGAACAAGCGAGUGUUUCUCGACAAGGAAAUGAAGGUUAACUGGGCUACGAGUCCUGGUAAUCAGCCGAAGACGGAUACGAGUAACCACCAUCACAUAUUCGUGGGUGAUCUGUCACCGGAGAUCGAGACUCACAUAUUACGUGAAGCCUUUGCGCCCUUUGGUGAGAUUUCGAAUUGUCGAAUAGUACGUGACCCACAAACGCUCAAAUCUAAAGGAUAUGCUUUCGUCUCGUUUGUUAAGAAAGCUGAUGCUGAAGCGGCGAUCCAAGCUAUGAACGGUCAGUGGCUGGGUUCCCGAUCUAUACGUACUAAUUGGUCUACACGUAAGCCCCCUACCAAAGGGCCCAAUGAGGGUGCCCCUAGCAGCAAGAGAGUCAAACAGCCGACAUUUGACGAGGUCUACAACCAGAGCUCACCAACUAACACAACUGUUUACUGUGGUGGUUUCACUAGCAAUAUAAUUACUGAAGAGUUAAUGCAAAGCACAUUUUCACAAUUUGGUCAAAUACAGGAUGUAAGAGUGUUCAGGGACAAGGGAUAUGCUUUUAUUAGGUUCACAACGAAAGAGGCGGCUGCUCAUGCUAUAGAAGCGACACACAAUACAGAAAUAAGUGGCCACACAGUGAAAUGUUUCUGGGGUAAAGAAAAUGGGGGUACAGAGAACCAGAGUUCGAAUAACCCACCUGCACCCCCAACUUCGAUGGGAGGAGGACAAACACAGUACCCCUAUGGGUACCAGCAAGGAAUGGGCUAUUGGUAUGCUCAGGGCUACCCCGCGCUACAAGGUUACAUGGCCCCGGGCUACUACCAGCAGUACGCCGCCGCGUACAGCACGCCGCAAGCCGCAGCAGCUGCGGGCUACCGCAUGAGUAUGCCGGGUGGCGGCAACGGAGCGGGCGGGUCGUGGGGUGGCGGGCCCCAGCCGCUGAUGUACGCGUCCGCCAUGCCCUCCGCGCAGUACCCAUCUCAGUAGCGAGCGCGUGCCCCGCCCGACCAGCGCGCGUGAACCACCGGCGUACUGGACCACACCUCUCACCACUGGACCACGCCCGUCACAGUACCCUUAUGGCCCUCGCGCAAUAUCCACUCAACGCCGACUCAAAUUAUAGCAUUGAAAUGUGAGCCUUAUAUCAUGUGAAAUAAAGUGUUGUUUGGAGUGUACGAUUCGUGGCCAAUGCGUCCACUCGUUUACUAAAGGCACAAAAAUAUAGAAAAGUUUCCUUUAUGUCACAUGACAUAGAGCUCACAUUCCAAUGCUUUAAUUAUGUGGUGUUGAGACAUUAGGAUGCUGUGUGAAGACCAUUAGUGUAACUUUUCAGGUUAACAAAUUUAGCUUUGGAGUAACGUAAAUCUGUCAAAUUUAUAUGAAGUUGUUAAAAGGAUUUGAAGGCUUGUUGUUUGAAGGAUGUGACGUUAGUUUACAUGAAAACUUACAGAACCCCGAGCGUCACGUUAAUCGCACAUUACCGCAACAUUCGCAACCCUGUGCAUUCUUCAGUUCAAUGCAUAGCGUGCGACUGUGCGUACUGAAAAAUGCGUAUGGCUAAAUAAUAUACUAGAGAUUCUCAUACAAAGUUUCCGACUUUAGUUCAUAUCUGUUAUAUAUUAUAUAUUAUCUGUCUGUAUAUUUCUUCUUAUGUAUUCUUAAUAACAAACCGCACCGCAACAUUGUAAGAGAUGUUAACUUUGGCUUUCGCUGUAGCAAAUUGACGAAAACCAGUUCGUGGGGGAGAACGUAUUUUUUCACGAAAACUUUUUGACCACAACGAUUUUCGUCGAAGUUUACAAGUGAAAAAACGUUAAAUUACAGUUUGCUUUAAAUCUGUCACUUUUCGUAUGGCCUUGACUUAACAACACAAAUUUGACAGGUUAUCAAAACUCCACCGUUGUCUUGUCAACUUCAAAUGUUACACGAAAUGAACAGUGUCGCCAAUUGAGUUAGCAAAUUCCUACGAGAGUUUUCGCAACGCGUCUUAUGUUGUUAGUACGAAAUGUAUAAUGUGCGUGCGUUCUCAGUGCUAGUGCGCACUGCCAUUUUUAAUCGCGCCGUAAUAUACUCUUUUGUUUUUUGCCGCAAAUACGCGCUCUUCCAUAUAAACCGUUACGUUACAUUAUUGCGUUAAAAAUAUCGCGCGAUUAAUAAACCGCAGUGCGCGACAGCAUUUGUGGCGUUUUUCCACGAGUGGGGUUUAAAUAUAUAACGCACGGAGUCGUCACCGCAUUUUAUCACUCCGUGCGGAAGCUCGUGCUAAAACGCCCUUAGGCUGUGUCGUUCCAUCAUAGAUACACGAGGGAUUAAAGUCACCACAAUAUUGGUGGUACCAUCGUUUAUCGGUGGUGGAUUUCACCAACAGUCGCUUGUCUUUGGUAGGUGGUUACAAUGGAAUGCAAAAUUUCCUGCCGCGAAACGAAUCCGAUAGGUAAUGAUGCAACAACAAUAUGCGUUGUCGAAUAGUUACAGACACAAUCGAAGAAUAGGAAUGUAGAGAUAUUCUGUAGUGGAUUGCAUUUUUACCUGUCUUAUAAAGUAAAAUAUUUUUUCUUACUUUUUUACUGUAAAGUAUGUUUUAAAAAUGGAACUAAA